AUGUUCUCCUGUUGGUUAAGUCGGCUGUGCAGGGGUUUAUCCACACCCACCGGAAGGGUCACCCACCUGAUCCAGGGCUCUCUCUCCAGAAGGCUGAUGCUCAGUUCACAGAGAAUUCCAGAAUUGAGUAGCUUUGUUGCUCGGACCAACACGUGCGGAGAAUUGCGUUCUUCUCACUUAGGCCAGGAAGUCACCUUGUGUGGAUGGAUUCAGUACCGAAGGCAGAACAUCUUCCUGGUGCUAAGAGAUUUCCAUGGGCUUGUUCAAGUUGUCAUUCCCCAGGAUGAGUCCGCUGCUUCUGUGAAGAAGAUUUUAUGUGAAGCCCCAAUGGAGUCUGUGGUGCAAGUAUCCGGGACGGUAAUUUCCCGACCUCCAGGACAAGAGAAUCCAAAAAUGCCAACAGGUGAGAUUGAAAUCAAAGUUAAAUCAGCUCAACUUCUGAAUACCUGCAAGAAGCUGCCCUUCGAAAUUAAGGACUUCGUGAAGGGUGCAAAAGAGUUUGUAAUACCAUCCAGGGAACCUGGAAAGUUUUAUUGUCUCCCUCAGAGUCCUCAACAGUUUAAGCAGCUUCUGAUGGUUGGUGGUUUAGACAGAUAUUUUCAGGUUGCCCGAUGUUAUCGAGAUGAAGGUUCGAGACCAGACCGACAGCCCGAGUUUACUCAGAUUGACAUAGAGAUGUCUUUUGUAGACCAGUUUGGAAUCCGGAGUCUAAUUGAGGGCUUGCUCCAGUAUUCCUGGCCCAGUGAUAAAGAUCCUGUGGUGGUUCCUUUUCCUUCUAUGACUUUUGCUGAGGCAUUGGCCAGCUAUGGAACUGAUAAACCCGACACUCGCUUUGGGAUGAAGAUUGUAGAUAUUAGUGAUGUGUUCAGAAACACAAAGGUUGGAUUUCUUCAAGAUGCACUUAGUAAACCCCAAGGAACGGUCAAGGCCAUAUGUAUCUCUGAAGGAGCAAAAUACUUAAAAAGGAAGGACAUUGAGUCUCUUAGAAAAUUGGCAGCUGACCAUUUUAAUCAGGAAGUCUUACCUGUAUUCCCAAAAGCCAAUAGAAACUGGAAUUCUCCAGUUGCUAAGUCCAUAAUGGAGGAGCAAAGAUCAGAACUAAUCAGACUGAUGGAGAUCCAAGAGGACGGUGUGGUCCUGCUCACGGCCGGAGAGCACAGGAAAGCAUGCUCUGUUUUGGGAAAACUACGACUGGAAUGUGCUGACCUUCUAGAAGCAAGAGGAUUGGUGCUCCGUGACCCAGCUCUGUUCUCUUUCCUUUGGGUUGUGGAUUUCCCACUCUUCCUCCCCAAGGAGGAAAAUCCUGGCGAGCUGGAGUCAGCCCACCACCCAUUUACUGCUCCCCACCCCAGCGACAUCCACCUCUUACACACUGAACCCAAACAGGUCCGUAGCCAACACUAUGACUUGGUUUUAAAUGGCAAUGAGAUAGGAGGUGGUUCUAUCCGAAUACAUGAUGCAGAGCUCCAGCGUUACAUUCUGGCAACACUGCUAAAGGAAGAUGUGAAAUUGCUCUCCCACCUACUCCAGGCUUUAGAUUUUGGGGCGCCCCCUCAUGGAGGAAUUGCCUUAGGUUUGGACAGACUGAUAUGCCUUGUCACUGGAGCACCAAGCAUCAGAGAUGUCAUAGCCUUCCCCAAAUCCUUCCGGGGGCAUGACCUCAUGAGCAAUGCCCCAGAUUCUCUCCCUCCUGAGGAACUGAAGCCCUAUCAUAUCCAGGUCUCCUGGCCAGCAGACUCAGAAGCAGAAAAGAGCUCAUUGAAUCAGCCAUAUCAUCCAGAAAGCUGA